AUGUCUGGCCUCGGGGCGUGGAUAUGGGGGACCUCCCAGCUCGAUGAUGCCGUCGACAAGGCGACAUCGGAGCUCCUGCCAGCGGGGGCAGAGGACAUUGCUCUCAAUCUCGAGAUAUGUGACCAGAUUCGCUCAAAGUCGGUCCCCGCGAAGGAUGCCAUGCGAGCACUCAAACGCCGGUUGAACCACAAGAAUCCGAAUGUGCAACUUUUGGCGCUUAGCUUGACGGACGUAUGCAUUAAGAACGGCGGUGACCUGUUCCUCGCUGAAAUUGCCUCCCGAGAGUUCAUGGACAACCUCGUCUCGAUCCUGAAGAUACCUGUGCUGAAUCAUGAAGUCAAGAACACCAUCCUGCGACUCGUUCAGAACUGGAGUGUUGCGUUUGAGGGGAAACCGAACCUUAAUUACGUCGGCCAGGUGUAUAAGACGUUGACGAAUGAAGGAUACAAGUUCCCGCCGAAGGAUCUCGCAGUCGCGAACUCUGCAAUGGUUGAUACGCAGACUGCGCCGGAGUGGAUCGACUCCGAGGUUUGCCUGCGCUGUCGAACGCCAUUUACAUUCACCAAUCGGAAGCAUCACUGCCGCAACUGUGGUCAAGUUUUCGAUCAGGCGUGCUCUUCAAAGACCAUGCCUCUACCCCACUUCGGAAUUACCCAGGAGGUUCGAGUCUGUGAUGGAUGCCACUCAAAGCUUACGAAGAAGGCCGAAAAAGUUGACAAAGGGCAUCGACACUCGACAAGUCUGCACGGACAAAGACACAAGAGCGCACGCGAAUUGGCAGAUGCAGAGCUUCAAAGGGCAAUUGAGUUGUCGUUGCAGGAAGUACACGGUUCCAAAUCUCGUCCAGGCUAUGUGCCGUCCCAACCGUCGCCUUCGAGGUGGGGCUACUCCGAGCCACCCAUCGUUGACAGGAGUACGUACCCAUCUGAUCGGAAGACGGCCGUUGCGGACGAUGAAGACGACCCGGAUUUGAAGGCUGCCAUAGAAGCGAGCCUGAGGGAGGCUAACGCCCCCAAGCCCAGCGCCCCCAUCGUUGUCGAAACAACACGCGCAGAAGAGGCACCGUAUUCCUAUGCUGGUCCUGGUUAUUCACAAUCGUACCCUCCAGCUGCAGCUCAAUCCAACCUACCUAAGCUUCCUAAUUACGACCUGGAACCUUUGGAGUCCGAUGUAAUCCUCACUUUCAAUCAAACUGUAGAGCAAGUACAGGCGCAAGGAGGACGAGAUUUGUCAAGAUAUCCAGCUGUGACAGAACUGUAUGAUAAGGCCAAUGGACUGAGACCAAAGUUGGCUUUGAGUUUGGACGAUACGGGCCGGAAAGAACAAAUGUUGUCCGACAUGCACGACAAGCUAUCACAAGCAGUCAAGCUUUAUGACCAGAUCCUCUCUCAACAGGUAGCUGCGCCUCGCUGGCGGACAUCUUCGGCAGUACCUGUCAGCCCUACUGCGUACCAACAACCCCAACAGUCACAUACAGGUUAUGUUCCAAACGGUUAUGCUCCGAACGGUUAUGCUCCAUGGACUGCUCAAGGUCAGCCCACACAAGCCGGAUAUCAAGGUUCGCCAGAACCUCAGACGUCGCCCCGUAUGGCUUCCGCCACGUCGCCCUCGCAGGAGCAACCCGUAUACAGCCUCACCUCUCGCCCUGAGUCGGUUCAACCUCAAUGGUAUCAGCAACAGCAACAGCAACAACCACCAGCAUCGUAUCAGCCGCAGUAUGCGUCGUCAACCGUGAGUGCCCCACCUGUAUCCUCACCUGCCCCCCCUGCCUCCCUCCAAUCACCAACGUAUGCCCAAUACCAGCAACAAUACAACGCUCCGUCCACUACAACACCGUCUUUUACCCCUGCUGCACUCCCACAAUCACCUCCUCCUGCUCCUCCAGCGCAGUACCAGCCACCUACACCCCAAGCUCCGGCCUUCCAGCCAUCAUCGAUAGCGGUUGCUCCAGGCUCUCCGUCCUUGGCCCGCCACAACUCCGUCGCGUAUGCACCGUCUGCCACACCAUCUUCACAGCAGCAGCAGGCAACCCUGGCGAGGAGCAACACUGUCGCAUCGCAUGCUCCGUCACAGUUCCAGCGCCAGCAAUAUCAGGCUCAACCCCCGCCCCCUCAGCAAUACCAACAACCUGCGGUACGAGCCCCACAAGGGCCUGUCGCGUUACCCCAGUUUCCUAGUGCACCGACGGCCGCGCCGCAGCCUACGUAUUCAAUGUAUUCAUCGUCUGGGUUCGAGCAGAAGGAGGAGAGGAAGGAGGCCCUCUUGAUUGAUUUGUAG